CAACCCCCUGCCCGGAGCCCAUGGGGCGGCUGUAGGGUUGGUGCUUGAACAGCUCCUCACUGCCAGGAUGAGCUUCCCAAAUUCCACCCAACCUCCAGGAGCUGGGAAUUCCUGCAGGAUCACCCUGGGCCAAGCCAAUCAGGUGGUUCCCAAGCUGCCCCUGCUGAGGAUCCUGCAGGCUGCGGGGGCCCAGGGCGACUCCUUCACGCUCAAAGAGGUGAUGCAUUUCCUGGGCCAGUACAUCAUGGCCCGGCAGCUCUACGACAAGAGGCAGCAGCACCUGGUGCACUGUGGUGGAGAUCAGCUGGGAGAGCUGCUGGGACUGCAGAGCUUCUCUGUCAAGGACCCCAGCCCCGUGUACGAGAUGCUGAAGAGGAACCUGAGCCCUGCUGCCCUCCCAGAUGCUGCACAGACUCUCCCAAAGGAGCAGAGCGUCGCUAAGCCCAGCCCAGACCAGCUGCAGCUCAGCCAGGAGGAAGGAUCUGACUCUGGGAUCCUGGAGGGUGACAGCAAAACCUCAGCUCCUGCUACCUCAGAGCCCAAAUGUGACACUUGUGAAGACAGUGAUUUGAUAGAAAACCUCUCCAAAAGCAAAAAGCCCAAGCUGGACCUGGUUUUUGAGGAAUGGGAUGUGGCUGGGCUGCCGUGGUGGUUUUUAGGGAAUCUCAGAAGCAAUUACAAAUCCAGGAGUAACGGAUCCACGGAUAUUCAGACUAACCAGGACAUUGACACUGCCAUAGUUUCAGACACCACUGAUGACCUGUGGUUCCUCAACGAGUGUCCCCUGGAGCAGGGCGCUGCUGGGCUCAAGGUGGAAGUGCUGGACUGUGAGGAGGUCACAGAAGGUGACACCAAGGUGCCUGAGGAUGUGUGCUUGGAUGAGCUGGAGGAUUCCCAGCGCCUGAGCGACGACACGGACACAGAGGCUGCUUCUGAGGAUUGCUGGCAAUGCUCCAAGUGCAGGAAAUUCAACUCUCCGGGUAAAAGGUACUGCUUCCGCUGCUGGGCCCUGCGCAAGGACUGGUACAGGGACUGCCCCAAACUGCCCCAUUCCCUGUCCCUCUCCAACAUCAAUUCCAUGGAAAACCAGGAGCAGGACGAAGGGAUGGACGUCCCAGACUGCAGGAGGACGAUCUCAGCCCCGGCUGGCCAACCCAAACACGUUUUCCUGGGAGAAAACAAACCCCGCGUGGAUCCCGGCGGCUCCGUCGAGUCCUUGGAUUUGGCGCAGGAGGGGAAAAAUCGGGAUUUUGCCAAGCUGAAGAAAGAGGAGGAGGUGGAAUCUUUGGAGAGCAUCAAAACCCUGCUGAAUCCCUGCUUCCUGUGCCAGCACAGGCCUCGGGAUGGGAAUAUUGUCCACGGAAGGACUGCUCACCUGGUGGCCUGCUUCAGGUGUGCCAGGAUGCUGAAGAAGAAGAGAUCGCCGUGUCCCGUGUGCAGGAAGGAGAUCAAGAUGGUCAUCAGGAUCUUCAUGGGGUAGGGAGGAUUCCUGCCCCUAAAGUAACCCCAAAAUCUGGAAUUUUUGCACUCAGACCCCCAUUACGGUGUGUGCAGGAAGGAGAUCACAAUGGUCAUCGGGAUCUUCAUAAAAUAACCCCAAAAUCUGGAUUUUUGCACUCAAAUCCUAAUUUCGGUGUGUGCAGAAAGGAGAUCAUGAUGGUCAUCAGGAUCUUCAUAAAAUAACCCCCAAAAGAGAAUUUGUGCACUUGAAUCCCAGUUUCAAUGUGUGCAGGAAGGAGAUCACGAUGGUCAUCAGGAUCUUCAUAAAAUAAGCCCAAAAUCUGGAUUUUUGCACUCAAAUCCCAGUUUCAGUGUGUGCAGAAAGGAGAUCAUGAUGGUCAUCAGGAUCUUCAUAAAAUAACCCCAAAAUCUGGAUUUUUGCACUCAAAUCCCAAUUUCAGUGUGUGCAGAAAGGAGAUUAUGAUGGUCAUCAGGAUCUUCGUAAAAUAAGCCCAAAAUCUGGAUUUUUGCACUCAAAUCCUAAUUUCAGUGUGUGCAGAAAGGAGAUCAUGAUGGUCAAAAGGAUCUUCAUAAAAUAACCCCAAAAUCUGGAUUUUUGCGCUCAAAUCCCAGUUUAAGUGUGUGCAAGAAGGAGAUCAGGAUGGCCAUCAGGAUCUUCAUAAAAUAACCCCAAAAUCUAGAUUUUUGUACUCAAAUCCUAAUUUCAGUGUGUGCAGGAAGGAGAUCACGAUGGUCAUCAGGAUCUUCAUAAAAUAACCCCAAAAUCUGGAUUUUUGCACUCAAAUCCUAAUUUCAGUGUGUGCAGGAAGGAGAUCAGGAUGGCCAUCGGGAUCUUUAUGGGAUAGCAGGACCUUGUGCACCUAAAAUAACCCCAAAAUGAAGAUUUUUGCACUCAAACCCCGAUUCCAGAGCUCUACCAGUGAAACCAAAGAGUACCAAGAUUAAAUCCCACCAAGAAUCCUCUGCAGGAUCCACUUUUCCAUGGAAUUCACCUCGAGAUCAAAACCCCAGCUUGGAAAUUUUCCCAAUUUCCCAUCUUCAGCCCCGUUUUUUAUCCCUCGGGAUUCUUUCUCCUGACCAAGAACAGCAGAUUUGGGAAAAAGUGAAACCUUUGGAAUGUUUUUUUUUUUCCCAUAAAUCCCAACUUGUGCAAUUGCUUUGGAACUGAUAGUUAAAAACAGAAAUAAAUAUUUAUGGUGGGAGGACAGGGGAUUUGUUUUGGAGAGAAGAAGAAGAACUUUAUUCCUAAUUUUUUUAUUGUUUAAGGUCAGCAGGGUGAAGAAUUCCUUGCUCACAGAUGGGAAAUAAAUCUAAGUUUUUAAUCCACACCUCUCAGGUCACAAAUGAGAUGGAAUAAUAAUAAUAAUGUUAUAUUUUUCUUUCUUUUUGGGCUCCUUAAUUUCUUUUCUUCUCUUUUUUGUAUAUUUAAGUCUACUCUGUGUCGCCUCUGUCCAGCAGGAUUCAAUUCCAGCAGCUUUGGGAUAUUUUGGGUUGUUCCACCUGUCCUCAUCUAUCCUCUAGGCUAAAACAAUCCUCAUUUUUGAGUGAUUUGAAAAGUGGCUUAAAAAAUUAAGCACAUUGUUUUGAGGGAUAAAAUAAUUCCUUUAAAGCUCCCUUUGCACCCUUUCGAGGCAGAUUUUUCCCCCUUUC